ACACAUUUCUCAUGUUUAUCUAAAUUUCAGUAAUGAGUGAUUAUUAUUUUCACAAAUGGAAGGUUGUGCUGAUAGAGCUAAAAAAUCAUGCCAAACUAGACUUGGAUUAUCAGGAAACAAAAGUAUAUGAUCAAAGGUGCUGUGAAGCGGUCCAGCGCUUGGGAAGUGUGCUGUCCAAAUACCUGUACCUCUACAACUGCAGUGUGGACUGCUUGCAGGAGAACCUUCAAGUACAGAAGACUGACUACAUACAGAAUAUUGUCAAUGCAAUCACUGCGAGGAUACUAGAACUAAAACAUCAACUUCGAAAACUUGAAGGUUAUUAUUAUCAAUACUUUAGCAACGGAUUAUUCCAACAUGGACUCACCUUUGAUGACAUUGACCCUAUAGAUGUACCUGCUAAAUUAAUAAGAUCUAAGCAAGUUCAGGCUGUUAUUGAUCACAUUAUGUCAAAAGCUAAGGAGGAGAAAGAAACUUGUUUAGAAGAAGUUGCUGAAGAAGAAAAGUUGUCUCCAAUAAAUUCAUUUUUACGUUUCUGGAAAAACGAUAGUGAAAUUGACGAGGUUGAAAAAGAACAAUCAGAAAUUGUUCCACAGCUUUCCGAAGAAAGUCUCAAAAGAAGAGAAAUGUUAAAACUCAUACAAGCGCAUGAGAGAACCCGUCAAGUUAUACGAUCUGAUACAAGAAGGAUAUUUAAAAGAGACAAAUGGGAAAGAGAGUUAAAAGGUACUUCGAAGCCACAAGCAAGAUUUGAAGUAAAAGAAAGAGCGGCAACAAUUAUUAAGAAAGUGUUUAGGAUGUAUUUCGAGAUAAAAAGACGUAGAUUUAGACAAUUUAAAAUUGACGAAAUGAUUGGCUUUAAUCAUGGCGGCAAACCAAAUUAUGUAGAGAAAUUAAAACAUGAUACGAUAAGAAAUCAACGCCUUGAUAAACAAAAACAAUACAAAGAAGAAAGUUUGUCAAAUAUGGAAGCAAUCGAAAAUAGUUAUUUGAAACAAACAGAACAUAAUAUUGCAGACGAUUACAGAGACUUAAUAAGAGGAUGGUUUAAAAAAUGGUAUGCAGAAGUAAAGUUUUUCUAUGAUAUACCAAAAGAAGAACUAGGUGGAUCUUCUUUGAUUAUCAAAGAAAUGGUUCCUACUCCAUUCGAAUGGCGAGAGGAAUAUGAAGCCUACUUACAAGAAAAAAAACUAAAUAAAAGCAAAACAAGUGCUCAGAGAAAGUUCGAAAAACAAGAAGCAAAGAAGGAACAAAUGAAAGUAAAGAAGGAGGAGCAAAGAAAGUUAAAGAUGGAACAAGAACUAAUAAAGAAGAUGUUUAAAAAUCCCAAGUUACAUCCCGGUUUUUGUUAUCCAAUGUCGAAGAAAACAGAUAACAUUUUAGAAGCAAUCGAAAAGUAUAAAAACGAUUGGAAUGAUUUUGAUACUUGGGAAACAGAAGGUUACAAAGAGGGUUUUGUGCAAGCAAUAGACCAUGAUAAUGCAUGUAUGAAUACCAAAUUGAAAAUAUUGAAAAAAGUCGAUGAAGACAUGAGACAAGAGCUCCAGGUUUUGAAAUGUUCUUUACAAUCAGAAUACAAGAGGAACAAUGAAAAGAUGCCGGAAAAUAUGAAAGUUACACAAAAGAAAGCAAAGAAACAAAAAGUUGACUCCACAAUAUCUGAAAGCGUACAAGAAAAAAUGCAGGAACUAGCAUCGGCGGGCUACUUGAAACAAAAUACAAAGAUGAAAUUUGAAGAUUUUGUAGGAGAUUUCAAUUACGUAGGAGAUGAACUUCGUUGUAUUUUACAAGCUGCAGCACCUCUGUGUGGUGAAACUCGGUUCCUCUGGUGGGAGAAGUGUGGCGAAGUGGUGCUUGGUAGCCGGAGACUCCUACUUGUAGGGCCACGGGGCAGCGGAAAGACUUUGUUAGUGAACAUACUCACAUCUGUUAAUAAUGCAUUAUUAUUCGAGCUGGAUCCAGCAAACGUCUCACCAGAUCAGAUAUCGGCGGAAUAUCUCAAGCAAGUUGUGGGUUCAGUUGUAGCUUGUGCUAGAGCGACACAGCCUGCUGUGAUACAUCUCAAGGGUCUGCAUCUACUUUAUUGUAAUAAGGUACCACCAGACCAAAAGAAACAAAACUUGAAUAUGUUUACACAAUUUUUUGUGAGAAUGUUGUUUAAAAAAAUACACAAGAAUGAUCCGAUUACUGUAAUAGGCAGUUGCCGCGAUCCUUGGUUGACGAAGACAAGCAAAUUGUUAAAAAACUUUCCGGAUGUUGUCAUGAUGCCGCACACCACUUAUACUACUGUUUCUUUUAUCUUAAGGAAAUGGAUGGCUGACAAUCGCGUGGUCCCACGUGAUCUAAACACGCAGAGCAUCGCACACCUCCUGCAAGAAUACACGUUCGGACAUAUCAAAAAUGCACUCGACUGUUUCUUGACGCCUGACAAUAUUAUAAAAAUAGCUGCGUACGGCUUGACUCCGCAGGAAGUGCUCGACCACGUCACACAAAACGAAGACGAGGACAAAGUUGACUUCAAGAAGUAUCAUGAUUGGUACAACGAGAACACUCUAUGGGGCAAACGCGAGGUGAACAGACUCCAAGAUGACAAGGAUUUCUUGUUGCUGCAGCAGAAGUACAUAGAAAAACAGAAGAAACGAGAAAUCGCAGAGAAAAAUCAAACUCCUACCACAAUAGAGGAAUAAAGUUCUUUAAAGAUGCUACAUAAAAAUGUAAAUUUAAUGCCAUUCCCUCCACUGGCUGAUAGAGGCUCAGAUAGCUUAAAAAUGACGUAAC